AUGACAGAUUCAGCUGCGUCGGCAAAACGGCGUCAUAUUCUGUCAUCCAUCAAUCAGGACGACCCAGCCUCAGAUAACCAGAUAGGAGUAAAAACAGCUCGGCUAGACGACGAUUACCAUGGGGUGAACCACGAACAGGAAGAAAUAUCGCGUGAAGCGUCCCCGCGAGAAGAAAGACCAUUACGAAACGAACAAGACGACAAUGGAGGCGACGACAAGAACAGAUCUCGACGGUCGCGGCUGAAGCUCAAAUCAAGCAAGUCGCGCCGUCGACGGUCUCGAAGCCGACACAGAGACGACGAAAGACGUGAACAGCGUGAACACGACGGCAAGUCGCACUCGUCAAGAUCCAGCAGGCACUACCACCGACGUCGACAUCGACAUCGACACCGCUCACCUACGCCGCCUAAUCCAUUCGAACCGGAGCCACUCGACCCUGAGGUGGCAUUCCGUGAAUCUCUUUUUGAUGCCAUGGCAGAUGACGAAGGAGCAUCGUACUGGGAAUCUGUCUACGGCCAACCCAUCCACGUAUAUUCCAACGAAAGAGCCGGUCCAACAGGCGAGCUAGAACAAAUGACAGACGAGCAGUACGCAGCGUAUGUACGACAAAAGAUGUGGGAAAAGACACAUGCCGGUCUACUCGAAGAAAGAGCCAAGCGUGAAGAGCGAAGAAAGCAGAAGAAGGAGGAAGAGCGCAUAGCCCGCAAGCUGCAUCAAGACAUGGAACAAAGUUUGCGACGGGGAGAAGAGCGGCGGCAGAAAAGACGCUGGGAAAAGCAAUGGGAAGAAUAUACCGGUGCAUGGACAGCACAGAAUGAUGCACCCAAGACUUUGGCAUGGCCUGUCGAUGGCGGACAGCGAGAAGACAUUAACGACAAGGGCGUGCGGUCCUUUUUUAUUCACGGCCUGAACUUGGAGGAUAUAGGAGCGGAAGCGUUUAUGGCUAAGCUCAAACAGGAGCGCAUUCGAUGGCAUCCGGACAAGGUGCAGCAAAGGUUCGGGCUGGACAUGGAGAGCGAAGUUAUGAAGGACGUGACGGCAGUGUUUCAAAUUAUUGAUAAGUUGUGGGAAGAGGUGCGAAGAUAG